GGUGUGGAUGAAUAGUGCUGGAAUGCAGCCAGGAGUGUAUAUGGGCGUCAGGAGGAGUGAAAGUGGGGGCCCCCAUGGGACCUGUAAUGUGGCCCCUGCCGCUGAGACCCGCUGCGAGAGGACGCGACAGGGCACACGGAUGACAGCAGGGAAUUAAAUGCGGAUCCGUCUGGCUGUAACUCAGCGCGAAGCUUUCACAGCGGAUUUCUAUCUCUUUUUUAUUUCUCCCAAAUUUACACAAUUUGGCCUUUAGGCAAUAAUUACGACUCGGGUAUAUUUUAUAACAAAAGUCACGAUGUUGAUGAUGAGUUUUAGUGACCAUUGAAAUCUAUAUAUCUUCAGUGGAACCAGUAGCUCCCAUAUUUGGAUGUUUAUGCGUGCACAAUAAGCCACAAUGUUGACAAGGCUUUUCAGUGACCCCUCGCUGCUCCCCGAUGUGCAGAAAUACUCGGGCUGGGCGGAGGACAGCGAUGACGAGGAUUCAAAAAUCAAAGAUGACGAUCAGGACACCCAGGACGAAGCGGAGGAAUCUGAGCUGAUAGGGGACAGCCGGACGCACUCCGAGCACGCCGAGGAUGACGACGAGGAUGACGAGGUGGAGGAAGAGGACGAAGAAGAGGAUUUAGAGGGGGACAGGCCCAAGAAAAGAGGCCCCAAGAAGCGCAAAUUGACCCAGGCCCGUGUCGAGCGCACCAAGGUGCGCCGGACAAAGGCCAACGCACGGGAGCGGACCCGCAUGCACGACCUGAACUCUGCACUCGACAAUCUGCGUAAAGUGGUGCCCUGCUACUCCAAAACGCAAAAACUUUCCAAAAUCGAGACACUGCGGUUGGCCAAAAACUAUAUCUGGGCCCUGUCGGAGAUAUUGCGCUCUGGAAAAAGGCCCGACCUUGUGGCCUACGUCCAGACGCUGUGCAAGGGACUCUCUCAGCCCACGACUAACCUGGUGGCGGGGUGCCUGCAACUAAACUCCCGUAACUUCCUAACCGAGCAGCAGUGUCAGGACGGUAGUCGGUACGGGUCCACCUCCUUCUCCAUGCAUUCCUACCCCUACCAGUGUGCGCGUCUCUCCAGCCCCCAUUGCCAGCCAGGCUCGGGCUCGAACUCGCUUCCAGUGAGGACGCAGGGCUACUCCUCGACUUACGACUCUCUGUACGGAUCCCCGGAGUAUAACAGCCCCGAGUAUGAGGCGCCCGUCAGCCCGCCCCUGUGCGUCAAUAGCAACUUUUCCCUGAAGCACCAAGGCUCUGCGUCCCCCGACAACGAGAAGGGAUACCACUACUCUAUGCAUUACUCCGGCCUGCCAGGCCCCAGAUCCGCCGGGCCCCACAACCUGGUGUUUGGAUCCUCGGGUGCCCGGAGCGGCAUUCACUCUGAAAACGUCCUGCCUUACCACGACAUGCACUUACACCACGAACGGGCCCCCCCCGUGUAUGAUGAACUGAACGCGUUUUUUCACAAUUAAAUCGAGAAGCCCAUCGUGCGUCCCCUUACAAUCAACAAUCUAACCACGGCACAGUUUUUAACAAGCUUACCCGCCAGGAUUUAGACAUACUGGAGAGAUGUUUCACUCGUUGUCAUUAGUGUUUUCCUUUUAUUUAUUCCGUCUUAACUUUUGCUAUAGUCAGAGAUGUAGUGGGGGUCAUCCACCUAACCCACAAUCUGAUUCUGAGCAACAGAAUUUAUCCAGCUUUUCAAGCUGAAAUAAAUCUCUAAAAAGAAAUUGGAAAAGCAAAUCAUAUCAAGACCUAUGAUGAUAAGGGAAUUUUCAAAAAAUAUUAAUGUUUCUAAAGUGUGAUUUGUGUUCGUAUCGGUGGUUGUUUGCAUUUUGAUGACUGGAAGUUUCCCCACUUAUUUAUUUACCACUACAUCACUGGCUGCAGCUACACCUUGACAUUGGUGGUGAUUUUCUAAUAUUAUGAAAUUAGAAAUAAAUCAUUCAACAAGAAAAUGCAAAUCACAUUUACACGCCUGUAUGUGCGACAUUUGGUUUUUUGAAAUAGUGUAAUAUAAAGAAAUGCAAAGUGAAAUGCUAAACCUAUAAAAAAAUAAAUAAAAAAAGUGCUAGUUGGGUUGUUUUAGAAGAAUCUGCAGCAAAUCAAUCGUUUCGCAUCUAUGCAAAAACACACACAAACACACGCACACACACACACACACACACACACACACACACACACACACACACACACACACACACACACACACACACACACCCACUGAAUGAACACCCAACAAAUCUGACAUUGGCUGGGAUGGCCAAAAUGGUUCAACUAAAAGAUAAUCUAAAUAAAAUGAAAUCAGACAUUUCUUUUCUCUUCUUUUUAACUCUUAUUUGUUUAUAUUCUUCGUAUUGAGCUGUAUUUUUAUUUCAAAUUACACUUUUGUUCUACACUUUCGUUUUGAUUUGUAAUGCUAUGUUGAAUAGGUUAUUAUUAUGAUUACUAUUAUUAUCAUUAUUAUUAUUAUUGCACGUAUUUAUUGUGUUGUUUUUGUAAUUAAUGUUAAUAGUCAAUGGAAAUGAAGGGAUCCCAUGUGUUGCUGAGCAUUUUUUCAUAAAAUUCAAGUCUUUCAACUUUGUAUUCAACCAACUGUGUGGUAAAAUAAAACGACAAUAAAUGAGA